AUGCCUGAUCUAAACUCUAUCCCAGCAUCUCCCAACGCCAGGUCGCGACGCACGUCUACAUACCAAGCAUCGCAAGCACAAACAACCAGGCCGGCGCCGCCAGGACCAACCUCUCCAUCGCUCAAUAUCCUCCCCUCAAACCAAUUUUCAUUCCACCAAACUACCUCCUCAACUUCUCUGCCUUCACCGCUACUUCCAACAACAUUAACACCGUCCGUUAUGCCUCCUCCAGUAGCACUAGGACAGGGUGGCACCGGUGUAGAUGCGGGUCCAGGACCUAUCCGCCAUCCUCGACCUUUGACUGCGGCUGAUCUACACCAACAGCUGGAACAGGAACAGGAGCUUCUUGUGAACCGCCUGACGCGAGAUCUUACACUUCUCCGUACUGCACAAAAUUCAUCCGUCGUUUCGAAUGCAUCGUCUACAUCCGCGUCGGCUUCCGAACCCCAAUCCUCGUUCACCGACACGCAUCUGAUAUCUGGGCCCGGGUUUCCGAUUCCCACGACGAGCGCCGACCGAGACAGACGUCACCAGAGAACAAGCUCCUCGACUAGCACGCGAAGUAUAAGUCAGGCAGCGACAGCAGGAUCCACGCCGGCCCCCAUACCCAUCGGACAAUCCGGCAAUGCUGCUUCGAUAUUGGAAGCAGCCCGCAAUCCCCGCGGGUCCAUGUCCAUGUCGCGCCAGAACAGUACUACGUCGCAUCGUAGCGCCAGCAGAUCGCGAAACCGAUCGCCACGCCCGGGCUCGUAUACACAGGCACACGGAUUCCCGCCACACUUGGAACAUCCCACCAGCAGUGGCUACUUCCCACGCAGUCACCCGGCCACCUCGAACCCGCAUAGCACAGCAGCGACCCCUGGCGCGGAGUUGUCACCAGGUUUGCUGCCCGCAACGCUAAGGUACGAAGAGACGGUGCAUUAUCGGCAGGAACUCGAGACAGCUAAGCGGGAGAAUGAGGCUCUGAAGCGGCGGGUCAAGGAACUGGAGAAGAUGGUUAGAGACAAACGGGAAAAUGACAUCAUGAGAGACAGAAAUGAAAGCGUGAGCACAACUGCCAGUGCUUUGAGUGUCAGUGGUGCCGGCGGCGUGGGCGGGGGCGGCACGGGGAUCGCAGGAGGACGUCGAGACGUAGGAGGAGGUCGGCUAGCAGGCUUGGAAAGGGGUUUUAGUUCGGCAAGCGUUUCGGGCAGCAUUGGAGUGGGUGUGCCCGACGAGGAGCUCAACGUUGGCGAGAGUGCUGCGAGCACAGGUGUAGGAACACAGCAGAAUAAGCAGUAG